AUGAAGACAAUGCACAAUCAUUGGGAUGCAAAGCAGAUGAUGAAAUUGAAGAAACCACCAGCACAAUCAUUGGAAUGCGAAGCAGAUGAUGAAAUUGAAGAACAAGCAGUUGACCUUAGUGCAGACUCAGUGACGGAGGAGGACACUGUUAAUGUCCAGCAACAGAACCCAGAACUUGACAGCCAAGAAGAAGACUUCGACUCCAUUUUUGUGGACAUAGUGGGGUCAAUCCCAGAGUACUACAAGCAUGAAAUAGCCCCUACCCAUGAGAAAAUCCAACAGCUGAAAGAAGCAGUCGACUAUUGGAUUGAAAAGGCAGAUACUCGAAGGGAUAUGAUGCAGACUGCUAUAGAAUCCUGCAUAAAGAAAAAUUCAUUCAUUCAACAAAUAUGGACUGAAAAAGAAGAGUUGGAGCAACAAAUUGAAUUACUGAAAAAGCAGCUUGAGCAAGAGAAAAAAGAAGGUGCAAAAUUACAAGGGGAACUUCAUGCACUCAAAUCAAAUAGGAGACAGCUACAGGAACAACAUGAACUACUUGAAGGGGAAAAGUUGUCCUGCAUUGAGAGCAUGAAAGAAAAAGACACUGUUAUUGCCUCUUUGCAACAUGUGAUGGGAAAAAAAAUCAAACAAGGUGAACAAGGAGAAAUUCCGAUGAAAGAACAAGCUGAUAAGGAGAAAAAAGAUGAGAGAAUAGCAGAAGAAAGUGAAUUGGAGAUGCAAGAAUCUCCUAAUGAUGAAGAUGAGAACGCCGAUGGAAAAACUCCUGAAAAGUUAGUUAUCAUGCAAGCAAAAGAAGUAGGAACACGGCAGUUGCGUUCUGGCAUCAAAAUAAUCAAAGACAGAAAAGACAGAAAGCCUGCAAAGAAACCAGAUUACACAUACCCCGAAGCACAUAAGAAAGGCCGAAAAAGAGCAAGCCAAAGCGAAGAUGAAGCAGCCAACAAAAAAAGGAGGACAAAGAUACAUACCUUCAGUUGCACAUGUAUGAGGUCUACAACAGGCUGGAUGAAAUAUCAAAGAAGAAGUUGGAAAAUUACUGGAAAUCUGCAUCUGAUUCUGACGAGGGACGCUUUUUACCUACAAAAUAGGACAAUAUUGUACAAACAUAACAUUGAAAAGCUGAUGGGAGAUGCUCCAAUUUCUGCACUAAUCAUCGAUGCUUAUGGAGAGGCACUUAAUGAUGAUGCGAAGCAGAACCCUCAGAAACAGAAAAAUGCAUAUUGUCCGCCAAUAACUAUGUAA